UACAUUACCCAGCAUUCAUUUGUCAUGGAUUAUGUCAGACCAGACAUGUUUCAUGUUGUGCAAGGAAGGACACACAUGGUUAGAGGGCUGUAGUUCAUCAGGAUUUGUCUGAGUACACGAUAUCACCAGCUUUUCAAGAUUUCAGCAGUUGUUUCUAAACCGAUUUGCCCUCGUCUCGAUAUGUCGUCCAUCUCUGCCGCUAGCGUUACCGAACCAUCAGCUGCCAUUGAGGGAGCGGAAAAGAAACCACUGAAACCAUGCUGUGCGUGUCCAGAGACCAAAAAAGAAAGGGAUGCAUGCAUCAUUGAGAAGGGAGAAGAAAGUUGCACAGGCCUCAUCGAAGCUCACAAGGAAUGCAUGAGGGCGCUUGGAUUCAAGAUUUGAUUACUUCAGGACUUGAGACAGUGUGUAUUGGAUGGUGUGCUGCUUGGAGUAGAACCAGGGAUAUUCCUCUAGGCUUUAUUUAUGUUCCCUUUGAGGGAAGAUUGCUGAACCGUGAACGUUUGUCUUAAUGCUCUGAAAUUGUGAAUAUGUUUUUGAACAAAUGUGAAAUAAACAAUCCUAUGCAAGA